GUGAAGUAUGUUCAGGGCGAUAGCCUUCAAGGAGCCCGCAGACCAAACACAACCAGCUGGGGAGUGUUGCACUUUCUUCUGACGGCCACCACCGCAGAGACACCUUAAACCACAGUCCAAGUGCUCUGUUAUCAGCUUUCAGAGCUUUCUCUCUCUCUCCACUCAGCUCUGUGGGUGGAUUUCUGGGGUGCAAAGAACUCAAGGGGAAGCUUUUGAGGGAAGGAAAGUGAAUUUCACUUUUUGGGGGACGACAUGGCACUUCGGCAGGACUCUGAGAAGGAGCCAAGCGUUGAGUUGUUCAUUAAGGCUGGACAUGAUGGUGAGAACGUGGGGAACUGCCCCUUCUGUCAAAGGCUCUUCAUGGUUCUAUGGCUGAAAGGAGUCAAGUUUACAGUGACCACUGUUGACAUGAGGAAGAAGCCAGCUGAGCUCAAAGAACUGGCCCCCGGCACCAACCCUCCUUUCCUCCUCUACAACGGCACCCUCAAAACAGACUUUAUCAAAAUUGAGGAGUUUCUUGAACAAACACUGGCCCCUCCCAGGUAUCCUCACCUCAGCCCGCUAAACAAAGAGUCCUUUGACGUGGGUGCCGACAUUUUCGCAAAGUUCUCUGCUUUCAUCAAGAACAGUCCCAACAACACCUUCCAUGAGAAAAACCUGCUGCGCGAGUUCAAGCGUCUGGACAUCUACCUGAACUCGCCCGUCCCCGAAGAGAUCGACCUCAACUCCAGAGAAACCAUCACCGUCUCCAAGAGGAAGUUUCUGGACGGCGACCGGCUCACCUUAGCCGACUGCAACCUGCUGCCCAAACUGCACGUGAUCAGGAUCGCUUCCAAGAAGUACUGCGACUUUGACAUUCCUGCCGAGUUCACAGGCGUGUGGCGAUACCUUCAGAACGCUUAUCAGAGAGAGGAGUUCAAACAGACGUGUCCGGCCGACAUCGAGAUCGAGAAAACUUACUUCAGCGUUGCCAAGCAGAGGAAGUAAAAUGUAAUGAAUGUCCUGUGUUCACUCAUUGUAACCGGGCAUGUGAAGGUGGCGAUCGGCAGAAGCCGCUGCAAACCACAAGAAUUAACUGUGGCAAUGAAUCCGACACACUUUCACCUGACUUUUGGACACGCUGAAGCAAAAUGUUUUAUUGUUUAUCCUUUGUCACUCAGACAGUUGGUACCUUCAUGCACCGUGGAAAAGGCCAAAUGUGCAAUUCAUGUUUUUAUUUAUAUUGUAAAUAUAUAUUUUUCCAGGCUUUUUAUGAUCAAAACACCCUAAUUAAAAUCCAUAUAUGAUUUGUGUUGGUGUGAGCUGCCGAAAGCUUCACAAACUGUUCAUUUCCAUACAAAUCAUUGAAUACACUUCUGUACCUGAUAUGAUUCAAUUGUCUCACUAUCACACUAAUAAAGAACAUCAAAUGUA